AGAUGGAAAAGACAUCCCCCACGAGAGAAUUGGGCGAGUCCGUGUAAAGCAGAGCAGCCGUGGAUGUGUCGUAUAUCAUGCAAAAUGAGGAACCAGCGUUGCAUGAAGAAGUUGUUUAUCCUGAUCUCUGAAUAUAUUUUCAAACAGAACUUCCUUCAAAAAUAGUUUUUAGUUGUGUAGUCCUUUCAAUAGUUUAAUGUUCAGACUGAAUACGGUUGCUUAUACCAUCUCAAGGUAAUUGUAACCUUAAUUUACUUGAGUUUAGUUUUUCUAUUGAAGCGUUAGAAAUAAAAGUUAACGGUAUUGAGCCGCAACUUGGACACAACCGGACUGGAUAGGCCUACCCAUCUUCAGCGGACAGCACAACAUCGUAAGCCAGGACUAAGUAUAAAACGAACAGAGGAAGAGGACAUUGAUCGAGCAGCCAGCCAACAGACAGACAUCUUGAGGAGAGCAGAAGGGGGACCUGCAGUCCUGUGUGGUGGAGAUCAGAUACCAAGACUAGCAGCCCAGUAGACUGUGAAAGAGGCUCCACAUUACAUUUCACCGUAAUUUAACCAGGAAAGACCCUUGAGGUUCUAAACUUUGUUGCAGAGAGGCAGUCAUGGGGAAACAGAACAGCAAACUGCGUCCCGAAGUGCUGAACGACCUGCGCGAGAACACAGAGUUUUCUGACUACGAGCUUCAGGAAUGGUACAGAGGCUUCCUCAAAGACUGCCCCACGGGCCACCUGACCGUCGAAGAGUUCAAGAAGAUCUACGCCAACUUCUUCCCGUAUGGCGACGCUUCCAAGUUCGCCGAGCACGUCUUCCGGACAUUCGACACCAACGGCGACGCCACCAUUGACUUCCGGGAGUUCAUCAUUGCGCUGAGCGUUACGUCGCGCGGAGGCCUGGAGCAGAAGCUGCGCUGGGCCUUCAGUAUGUAUGACCUGGACGGGAACGGUUACAUCAGCCGGGCUGAGAUGCUGGAGAUUGUACAGGCGAUCUACAAGAUGGUGUCCUCAGUGAUGAAGAUGCCAGAAGAUGAGUCGACGCCAGAGAAACGAACAGAUAAAAUCUUCAGACAGAUGGACGUAGACAAAGACGGUAAACUCUCUCUGGAGGAGUUCAUCAAAGGUGCCAAGAGUGACCCUUCCAUCGUCCGGCUCCUGCAAUCUGACCAGGGGACCUCUCGUCAGUUCUAAAGACCGAUACACACACAGUUCUGAAGAAAGGAAAGUGGAGAGAUCGCUGUAUCACCCCCCAUCCAACACACACGAGAAAGAGGUGGAAGAGGCACAGUUGUCAUUACAACAUCCAUAUCAGGCAGCCAUUUUAUAUUCUCUCAUUCCAGGUCUUGUUUACAUCAUCAGUAGUUCCCUAGCCUGAUCCCAGAUCUGUUUGUUCUCUCUAUUGCAUGGAGUUGGGCAAGACAGCACAAACAGAUCUGGGACCAGGAUAGCAGUUUCCAAUAUCCCAAUGCAGCGGUUUCAAAAUGCAUUCUACAGCGAUAUGUUUUGCAUCAUGAAACAUCAAAUUCUACACCCACAGUACCACUGAUAGACUCUUAUGACAUUUCCUUGCAAAUGUUUUACUUAAUGUUUUAUUUUUGCUUGCCUUACUUUAGUCAAAGUGAAGUGCCAUAUCUUAAUAUUUGUACUGAAUGUAUUAUUACACUAGUAAGUAUUCACUUUUUUCCCCUGACCUGUCACGGUAAGAAAAUCAACCAAAACCAAUAUUUUGUACGUCAACCGGGGCAGCAGGUAGCCUAACAAUUAAGAGCGUUGGGACAGUAACUGAAGGGUUGCUGGUUUGAAUCCCUGAGCUGACUAGGUGAAAAAUCUGUUGAUGUACCCUUGAGCAAGACACUUAACCCUAAUUAUCUGCUAAAUUACUAACACUUAAAAACCAUGGGUCAUCCCAUUGCGACCUUUGCUCUAAAUGUAAUAUUAGUUAGGCAUUGAAAAAUGUUUUUCACUUUAACUAUAUACCGUUUCUGCAGCACAGGAAUUUUGAAAAUUAAUGUUUUAAUACCCAACUGUACAGAAAGUUCCAGUGAUGUUGUAUUAAAACCAGUAUCUUGUAA